AUGACAUCCAAAGAGGAGAAAAUAAUCGUAGUGUCCUGGGACGGCGACGACGACCCAGAAAAUCCAAAAAAUUGGAGCUAUUCUCAAAAAUGGAUCGCAACUGGCCUUAUAUCCACAUACACGAUGUUGUCUCCCAUUACGUCGUCCAUGAUUGCUCCAGCUGCUAGGGACGUGGCCAAAGAUCUCGGGGCCACCAGCCACAUUUUUGAACCUCUGCUAACUUCGAUAUUUAUCUUGGCGUACGCCUUCGGUCCCCUAUUUUUUGGCCCGGUCUCUCAGGUCUACGGCCGGUCGAGGGUGGUGCAAUUGGGCAAUGUGUUUUACAUGAUCUUCAAUCUUGUCUGCGCAUUUGCAAAGACUCCUAGUCAGAUGCUGGCAUUCCGUUUCCUGGCUGGUAUUGGCGGAAGUGCGCCGCUGGCGCUCGGUGGGGGAGUCAUUAACGAUUGCUGGAGCGUCAAGGAACGUGGUCGGGCAGUGACUUUAUAUGCCCUGGCGCCUCUGUUGGGUCCAAUCAUUGGGCCGAUUGCUGGUGCAUGGAUUGCCAUGAAGACGACGUGGAAAUGGGUUUUCUGGUCGACAUCCAUUGCUGCCGUCUUCGUCCAAGCCAUCUCUUUCUUUUGGCUCAAAGAGACUUUUGCGCCCCUUCUAUUGGCUCGAAAGGCAAGGAAGCUGCAAAAUGCUAGCAGUGGGGAGGAUAAUGUUAUAUAUGUUACCAGCCACCAGCAGAAUCCAUCCAAGUACACGAUGACUGACACCCGGGAAUUGUUUCUGACCUGUCUUACUAGGCCUCCUGUCCACAAGCUUCUACUCUACCCGGUCGUUUUACUUCUAACCGAACCUACAGCCCAGCUACUAGGAAUAUAUCUAGCCUAUAUAUACGUGAUACUGACGUCGAUCCCUGAUAUAUACGUCGUUGUAUAUCACGAGAGUAUUGGAAUUGCAGGAUUGCAUUACAUCGCCUUUGGAAUUGGCCUUUAUAGUGGAGCGCAAAUCACGAAUGCGAUCCUGGAUGAACUGUAUCUCCGUCUCAGCGCUCACUACGGGACCGAAGGCCGUCCUGAAUUUCGAAUUCCCAUUAUGCUGCCCGCCACCCUGUUCGUGCCUAUAGGAUUGUUCAUUACAGGAUGGACUGUGUCAAGCGGAGUGCACUGGAUUGUCCCAGAUAUUGGACUUGUUAUCACCGGAAUGGGCAUCGCCGUGAACUGGCAAGCAAUACAAACAUAUAUCAUCGACACCUACACCGUUCGUGCGGCACCAGCUCUCGGAGGGCUCUCUUUGCUUCGCUCGCUCGUCGGUUUUGCCUUGCCGUUAGCCUCUCCCAGCCUGUACCAGCACUUAGGUUACGGGAAAGGAAACACCAUCCUGGCUAGUUGCGCUUUGGGCCUGGGAUUCCCGAUGUAA